AUGGAGAUGUCCCAAGAAUCAACCGUAGAAAUUAGCAACAAUCAAGAGUCGAAGUUGAGGAGAUCAACAAGAUUAACAAACAAAUUCCAGAAAUUACCACCGGUAUUAAUCAACAAAAUCUUUUCGAAACUGGAAGAUGACCCCAAAACUCUCAUUCGCUGCUUUGGUGUCUGCGAGAACUGGGCUUUCUUUGUCUCCAAAACCCCCCAUCUCUCCCUCAGAUUCUCGAGCACAGGUGCAAAGGGUCGUUACCUUGCAUGCUCAAAACUUCACCAACACAUUCCAAUAACAGCAAUCCGCCGCAUGAUGAAGUGGUUUGCAAAUCUGGAAUCUCUCGAAAUUAAGUUCUGCCGAACUCCAAGCUCACUGCUACCUUAUUAUCAAAGGUUUCAUCAAAACAUCACGAAGAUGACAGUUCCAUGGGCAGAUGAUGAUUCUCAAACUGACAUAUGCGUGGCAUUUGACAUUGGACCGUUAUCUUCUAUAGAUAAAGCUAAGGUGAAACAUGAUUUUAACAAAGACAAGUUAGCUAACAUAGAAAAUUCUUCUGUGAUGGAUUUUUACUGGAGAGUCUCAGAGAACCGGCCAGAAACUUUGAGAAGCAUGGUGGUUAGGAGUGCUAAGAUGGAUGUGCGCAGAUUAGGAGGGAAGGUUUUUAUAAGACAUGAACAGCUCUCAAAUCUGCAUAAUUCGAUUUCGAAUUCAAGAUUGAACGAGAGCUGGCUUGAGGAUCCCAAGAAUGUGGUUUAUUGGGACAAGAACCACACAAACAAGGAGAAUUUGCUUCUGGAGCAGGUGUGGCUUGUUUAUCGAUUGAAAAAAUCAGCUACUGACCCAGGAUCUAAAGGGACUGAACUGAUUGCGAAGGAAAAUGAUGUGAAGGAUUUGUUGGCUGCAUUAGAUGAUGCCUGCAAUGGCUGGCUUGAGAAUCCAGACAACUUGGUUUGUUGGCUUCAUAGCCCUCUCUAUAGUGAGCGUUUUCGUAAGUGCUCGCUCCGAUAUAAUUGCUCUCUCGAGGAUGAAAAGUGA